AUGGACGGUUUAGCAACAUCCUCUUAUAAACUACCCACUGGACUUCGACAUGCUCAAAGUAUGGAUAAUGUUUCAUGGGUUUCGAAUUCACGAAAAACACAUUGGCCACCUGUUGAUGAGCAUUGUCAAUUACAUGGUGCUCGAAGCAAAUGCACGUGUGCAUCGUUUGUUACCGAAGAUGGCAAUGGUGUUGGUAACGCAGGAAUGGGAAGUUACGAGUCAUUUAAUCAAUCUGCUGAUUUCGGACAACAAAAUAAUGAGAAAAACGAUGAUUUUGUGUCGGCAAGUGUUAAACCGUUUAAUAACAAUCCAACAUUACCAGAUACACAACGGGAUGUUGUUGGUAAUAAUCUUCGUUUUAAUCCAUCAUUGAACAAUAGUAGUUGGGUCGAUCAUGAAAACGAUCAACUGGCUGCUUUACUUCUCUAUCGGGAUGCUUUGAAAAAGAAUCUAACAACUCCUACGAAAGCUGGAAGCAGUUUUCCAAGAAUGCGUCAUGGUCGCAUUGGAAGUCAAUGGCGCCAUAUAAAACAAACAAAUACCUAUUCGGGGUCAAAUCUUAUGUUUAUCGAUGGCACAGUACGCGUUGAUGAUAGUAUCAAAUUUCCAAUUCCUCGUUUUGGUUAUCCUCCAAUGAAACAACCACAACAGCAAUUUUCAGCAUCUCACAAUGAUUUAUCUUUUGCAUCCAGCAAUCCAACAACAAAAUCCUUGGACACAUUAACAUGGUCACGCAAUGAUGGACUAAAUCGAAAUCAAUAUUUAGCUCGAUAUUCAAAUCGUCUUCAACAAGCCGGAAAAGAUAAAUUUGCAUAUUGGCCAUCGGAUUCGACAAACAAAAAAUCUGCAUCAACAAAUCCUUCGAAUAUUGACAAUAGAGAAUAUGAGGUCAAACAAACAAUACAAGAACAUAUCAAAUCUGGUUUCGAUUAA